CGUUCAGUUGUUUGUAGACUACCGUCGCGUGUGUUGGUUGUUGCCAUAGUUUGCUUGUUAGUAGUUGCUCCCAUAUACACGCGGUCUCUCCUCUGUUUCUGAUAGGCACAGUGUCGGUUACGGCUCGAUUCACGUCGGUUUUUGGAUUUUGCUUCCUGCACAGGAUUCCAAUGUAUCGGGUGACUUAGAAGUUAUGUGGCGCGAUGGAGUCAAGAAUAGGCCUCGACUAUAUCGUCGAGAACCCAGACUACACCAAAAAACUUGCUUCUGCUCUGGAUACAAGCAACACCACCGUAAAGAAGCAAGUAUUUGAGUUGCUGUCCGCCCUAUGCGUGUACAAUGCACAGGGAUACGCCCGAGCGCUGGAUGCCUUGGAACAUUACAAGGAGCUGAAGUCAGAACGAUACCGGCUGAAAGUAGUGAUAAGUGAGUUGGAGAAGGCGGAGGACAAGGACUAUCAGACAGCUCUGAUCGCCUUCAUCAACUGCCUCAUCAUUUCCACGCCCAAUCUGCACGACCGCAUCCGGAUCCGCAAUGAAUUCAUCGGCCUGAAAAUUUUGUGAAUUGAAGAACUACAAGACUUGACCUUUGGCGCGGCUCGACACCAGGACCUGGGCGUUCAGUUGGACGUAUUCGACGAACAGCGUGAGAACGACGAGGCGCAGUUGGCGGGUGGUCAGGGGGGCGGGGGGGCCGGCGUCGACCUCAGCAGCCACCUGGACGUGUUCUACGCCACCCUCAGGCAGGUGGCCGACACCCCGCAGGAAAUACCCUUCCUCGAGAUACUCCAGCACCUUCUGCGCAUCGAUCCCCGCGAGGCUAUCAGCGACAUUGUUUGGGACACUGCCGAGCGACUUGUGCACAGGGCGACACUCCUGGAAGGCAGGGAGGAUGCGAUGCGCCUACUGCGCUCUCCCAGCCUUCAGAACAGCAAACACCCGCUCUGCGGCAGUCGCAAGCAGUCGCUGAACAACACUGCCGCCUCCAACGCGCCACCUCCACCGCCCCCACCCUCGGCUCCACCACCUCCGCCGCCACCUCUAGCCCCACCUCCUCCGCCGCCACUUGCUCCCUCUAGAGGCGGAGGUCCCGCGCCGCCUCCACCGCCUCCCUUCAUGAAGCAGGCGGGCGGUCCUGCCGCCCCCGCUGCUGCUGUGCCACCUUCGUCGGCCGCCUCUACGCCCCCCGAUCCGCCCGAGGCUGUCAAUGUGGUCCUGCCCCAGCAGGAGACUCCUACGCCGCGCACCAAGAUGAAGACUAUCAACUGGAAUAAGAUUCCUAAUAACAAGGUCGUGGGCAAGAACAACAUCUGGUCCCUGGUAGCACGCAGUCACCAGCACUCUCCAAUGGCAGACCUGGACUGGGACGAAAUGGAGGGUCUCUUCUGCCAGCAGGCACCCCCAGCACCUCCCUCCUCCUCAUCCUCACACGCCUCCCCCCACGUCCCCGCAUCACACAAGCUGUCUGGCGACGCAGAGCGCAGGCGCAAGGAAAUGGCUGAGAUCGUACUUCUAGAUGGAAAACGAAGCUUGAACGUGAAUAUAUUCCUGAAACAGUUUAGAAGUUCGAAUGAAGACAUAAUCCAGGUGAUCAGAGACGGCGAGCAUGAUGAGAUAGGAGCCGAAAAACUGCGCGGUCUGCUAAAAAUCCUGCCAGAGCUUGACGAACUGGAAAUGCUCAGGAAUUUCGAUGGCGACAAAAGUAAACUUGGCAAUGCCGAAAAGUUCUUACUGCAACUAAUAGACAUUCCAAAUUACAAAUUGAGGAUUGAGAGUAUGCUUUUGAAAGAAGAAUUUGCAGCUAACAUGAACUACCUGGAACCAAGCAUCAACGCUAUGAUAGUGGCAGGAGAAGAUUUGAUGACGAACAAGCCUUUACAAGAAGUACUGUAUAUGGUCAUAGUGGCUGGAAACUUCUUGAAUUCCGGUGGAUAUGCAGGUAACGCGGCCGGAGUCAAACUGAGUUCUUUGCAGAAAUUGACUGACAUCAGAGCCAAUAAACCAGGCAUGAAUUUGAUACAUUAUGUCGCUCUGCAAGCAGAGAAGAAACGAAAAGAUCUACUCCGAUUUCCAGAAGAUAUGCUAGUAUUAGAAGAGUCUACAAAAACAACUGUCGAACAACUACAAAACGAAAUCAAUGCACUCGACUCUCGGAUAAAGAAAAUCCACAAACAGAUCGAUUUACCAACUACCGAGAAAGAAAUUAAACUGCAGAUGGGAGAAUUCCUCACGAUGGCCGAACGUGAGGUGUCGUCGCUGCAGCGCGACAUGGCGGAACUGGAGUCGGUGCGCCGGUCGCUGGCCGAGUUCUUCUGCGAGGACGCGGCCACAUUCAAGGUGGAGGAGUGCUUCCGGGUGCUGCACCAAUUCUGCCUCAAGUUCCGGCAGGCGGUCGUCGAGAACGAGCGCCGGCGUCUGCAGGAAGAACAGGCGUCGGUCAGGCGCCGGCAGCGCGAGGAACAGUUGGCUGCCAAACGCAGACACUUGAGUGGUGGUCAACUGGGCUCGAACGGCUCCGAAUCGGAUUGCAACAUCGUCGAUUCGCUUCUCUACGACAUUCGUUCAGGAUUUCCUCAGAAAAAGGGCUUUGCUGAUAUCAAGGUUCGUAAAUACGGCAACGGAGCGAUGACGUCAGAGGAGGACGUGUCGCAGACGGGAUCGCCGCUGCUGACCCGGCGUCGGUUCGGUUCGUUCUCGGGCGAACCUGGAGGCAAGCCGGGUGAGGAGGGGGCGGUGACCUGUUCGCCGGACGUGACGCCGACGGGAAGCCUGCGCAGGCGGAGGAGUCGGGUGCCGUCCGAGGAGGACGACUCCACCCUCAUGGACUUCCUCAGGGCGUCCGGGCAUGACGGCACGCGCGAGAGGAAGUCGUGGGGUAGUCUCGACCGUUCAUGGGCACGGCGAGCCAGAGGCGGCAGCCGUAAGCGACCUGACCUGCUGAAUGCCGAAUUCGGUGAGAGAGAGCGACCGUCCUCUCCCUCUCCUGCACCCUCUCCCUCAUCCGAGAACAAACAGCUCAUACUCAAUAGCUCAGGCGAAGAAGAAUCUAAACCAAGGGCAUGGAAACAGAAAAUUGAAGCCUGGUUGAAGGAAAAUGAAAAGGAAGAGAAACAGAGUGAAGAGCUGAGAAGAAAGGCCAGGCGCCUUCAGUCGAAUAGACGCUCUCUUGAAGCUGAUUCAGAGAGUGAAGGCAGAGGAACCCUGGAUACUCUGCCUGAGGGUAAACUAGCAGAGGCUGGGCAUUGUAGCCAGUACAAGAGGGUCUACCCGGACUGGAAGCCAACCAUUGAGAAAACUGAUGUCGUGGGCACUAUGGAGGCUAUUGCAGAAGCGCAGCCGCAGAGCACAGUCAAAGACAAAGCGCCAUGGCGCAAGUCCAAUCUCAACGUUCAAAACUCAACCGAAGAAACCGAAAUGGAUUUGAGACGAUUGAGACGGCUGAAGUCCAGGGGAAGCUUGGAGAACUCAUUACAGGCGAUCAAUGAAGAGGAAAAACGGAAAGGAAUCAUCGAAAAUCUGGGGAAAUCCUUGACACCUGACGCCAGUUUAACACUGUACAUAACAGAUGACCCCGUGUCCAACCCGAAAACCCAAUCUCCUCCCACACCAGGAAGGUACAGCAGAACCAGUCCUCUCAUUUCCCGCCGUGCGUUUCCUACCGGGGAUCAGGAUAGUGGCAGCAAGCAGGAGGAAUUCCUGCCUCCCUUUGUGCCUCGAAGAACAAGGAAAGUACCUGACACAACAGGAAUCAGCGAUAAGGUGGAAAUCGAUUCGGAUAACAUUGAAACUCCACCUGCGACCAGGAAACUUGUUGGAAAACUACCCCGAAAAACAGAGGAAAGGAACAGUGAAGAUAUUCUAUCUCUGAGAUUGCGUGGAAAAGAUACAGCAGAAGACGAGGAGAAUCUAGGAGACGGCCAGUUUGAUCGGUUCUCUCUAGCUAGACGAACAAGGAGAUACAGGAAACAGGCUGAGGAUGAAACACAGAAGAAAACCGAAGAAAUUGUACCUGAAAAACAAAUCUUACGCUCACCCACACACCAGGCUAGCUCGUAUCCUGUGGAAACUCUCGAGCCGCAAGACACGGAGUCGCGGCUGAAGAGAUGGCAGGACAGGUUGAAUCAUCGCGGCAGUGAUGUGAAUGUCGAGGAUGAGGCGAUUGCCAACAUAGCCAAGGCUGGAGAGGAGCUUCAGAACCUCGGCCAGUCUGCCACGCUGCCAAGGAUUCGGUCUCGUUCGGGUAUUGCUAGGAGAGACUCCAGGGAAAUAUUCAGGGAAAGCACUGAUGAUUUGAAGUCUCGACCUGUUGAGGAAAAUAAAGAUCCAGCUAUGGAAGUUGGUAGUUCGUACACACUUCCGCGAUCCACUCGACAUAGGAGCAAUAUCGAUCAAUCCACAGUAUCACAAGCUGUCAGGAAGUAUGGUGUUUUCGAUAAGUAUCAAGGAGAUGAUAAUAGAAACAGGUUCAAUAGUGGUGGAGGUAUACCUCAGUUGAGAAACUUCCCCACUCCGAUACAUUCUCAGGAUCAAACUAAGACAUCACAAUCGAAGAGUGAAUUUAUUCCUGAGAUAAAGGUUCAAGCAACAACACCUGGUAAGGUCAGAUCUGAGCAUGAACUUCAUGAUGAAGGCUUUGAAGAAACUCAGAGUCUCGUCUCGGAAACUCCAAGUCAGGGCACAUCCUCAGGUUGUAACUAUGAGGGAGACAGUGUGGACUCACCAACGAUUAAGAAAAGUAAGAGGGAUUUGAAGAGAAGUGACAGCAGUGAUAAUGGUGUGAAGAGUGAGCAGGCAGCUAAGAAGGUGUUGAGGAGUAGUUCGGUGAAGUUGCCUGAGAGGAGAAGUGUGAUACCUAGGAGCUCAGCAAGUUUGAGGAAAACUGAUUCUCAGGCUAGUUUGAUAAGGGAUAGUGAAAAGUUGAAACGUACCACCCGACCAGAACCGUUGCAAAGGAAGAUCCCCACUGCGAUCACUAGGACACCGGUUAGGAGUGUGGUGGAGCCUAUCAAGAAAACACCCAGCUCCGAUAGGAUGCCUUUGAAGAGUAGCAGCACGUUAAACAGGACGGAUUCUAACAGGAGUGUGUUGAAGCGUCAGAGUAGUGUGGAGAAAACCACACCCAAAUCUCAACAGAGUUCCAAACUGUCAUCGGUGACAAUGCCGAGGAAGAGGGUGGAGCGGAGUAGUUCUAGGAGUAGCUUGAGGAGUUCUAGGAGUUCGCUGAAUAGUUCAACAUCGAUCAGCACGGUGAGGAAUGUGCGACAGGUGCCUGGGUUGAGUAACUACACAAAAGCGAUCAAAUCGUUGACGACUGAUUUGAAGAAAUCGGUGCCCGUGGCUAAGAAGCCGCUGGCUCAGGUGCAGCUGAAGAGUAAGUCUUCGGUGCCUGCAAGCCGGAGUAGCAGCAGUGGCAGUAGUAUUGGUCCGACCAUCCGGAGGCCGAAGGUGACCACGGGCAUUAGCACGAGUUUUAAGGAGAACGCGGGUUCAGUGCCGGCUAGUCGAUCUAGCAGCAGUGGGAGUAGCAUUGGCGUGACAAGGAGGGCGGGGCAGGGCUUCAUGCGGCCGACUGCGUCCAGUGCCGCCAAGGAUUCUGCCGACGCGCCGAGGGUUCGGCCGUUGUCCUUCAGGCAACCAAUCAAGUGAAG